UACAACCGAACCAACCAGUCUACCAGUGACCACCGCAAUUGACACACGCACGGUAUCCAUUUGUCAAGGUCAAAAUGCCGAAAAAACUAUCGUACUUCAAUUUGAACGGUCUAGCCGAACCCAUAAGGUACAUUCUUCAUUACACCAAUCAAGAGUUUGAGGAUGUUAGACACGACGUAUACAGUUGGCCAGACCCGACAGUAAAAGCAACUCUCCCCUACGGCCAGUUACCAGUCUACGAAGAAGAUGGCCGUGUCCUUACUCAGAGCCUGGCCAUCGCCAAGUACGUGGCGAGAGGAACAGAUCUAGUACCAACGGACCCUUGGAAGAAUGCUGUCAUAGAGAGCAUCGUAUUCACCCUCAUUGAUUACUUCAAAAGUGUCGUACCCUCUGUGAGGGAAGCCGAUCCAGUAAAAUGUGCAGAAUUAACAAAAGAAGUUAUCGAAAAGAAUAUUCCAUUCUACUUCUCAAAAUUCAACAAACAUUUAGAAGAUAAUGGCGGAUUUUUGAGUGGCAAGCUCUCCUGGGGUGACUUUGUACUCUGUGGAGUAGUUGAAGCCAGCGACAUGUUUCUGGGCAUCGACUUGAGCAAGGACUACCCAGCUGUAAGAACUUUGGUCCAACACAUAAGGAAUCUGCCAGGAGUAAAGGAGUAUAUCAAGUCUAUUGGACCCUACUCCAUCGACCUUGCUAGAUUUAACCUUUCCACAAUGGCAAAAAAGCUGCAUUAUUUUAAUUUCAUCGCUAUUGCUGAGCCUAUAAGGUACCUUCUUCAUUACACUAAGCAAGAAUUUGAGGACGUCAGACAUGAUCACAGAUUUUGGCCAAACCCAGAGUUUAAAGAGAAAUUACCCUACGGACAGUUUCCUCUUUAUGAAGAAGGAGAUCGUAUGCUGACCCAAUCCCUGGCCAUCGCCAAGUAUGUGGCUAGAGGAACAGACCUCAUUCCUUCUGAUCCUUGGACUCAAGCUGUUUUGGAUGCCGCUGUGUACACCAUCUAUGAUUAUUGGUCAAAGGUUGGGGCUUUUAUUAAAGAAAAAGACCCGGAAAAAAAGAAAGUAUUGAAGAGUGAACUAUUGAGUGAAACGGUAGACUUCUUCUUCUCAAGAUUUGAGAAAGAUCUGAAGGAAAAUGGUGGUUACUUUAGUGGAAAGUUAUCCUGGGUGGAGUUCGUCCUAUGCGGUUUAGUAGAAGCAAGCAACUACUUCUUGGACACUGAAUUGGAAAAGAAAUACCCAAGAGUAGAAGCUUUAGUUAACAAGAUAAAGAGUCUACCGGGAGUCAAGGAGUAUGUUGCGGCCAGAGGACCUAAUGUUUUUAAACAUUGAUUUAUAAAUUAAUUAAGCAAAAACAUACCAAAGUAUAAAAAAAGAGAAUUCAUUUAAAUGUGUACAAAUUAACUAUUUGUCUGCCUUGAUAUGCUAGACACAUGUAAAUGGAACGCUUCCG